AAACAUUUAUUUAUUAUAUAAAUAAUUUUCUUUUGUAUUUUUAUAUUGCAAGAAAACAACAAGUAGGGGUGGGGUAGUGAAGAGAGAGAGAAUGUAGGAACAUUAUUUUAUUAAUGGUAACGUGUCAAGUAUUGUCAGAUGGACAAAAAUGAGAAUUGUGUCAAGUAUUAUGAGACGAAGAAAAUAUAUUAUUUUUUUAAAACAUAAAUUCUUCUUUAAGAUUAAGUUACAAAGGAGUGAACGACUUCCUUUAAAAAAAAAAAAAAAAAAAAAAGGAUUGAGGGUUAAUUGGUAAUUUAGCGUUCUUCAUUGAGUCACUCUCACAGUCUCACUCACUUCAUUUCGCCACCAGUCCACCACCGCAACCUCUCUGAAAUCCCGGCCAAAUUCAAACUUUUUCGAGAUUGAUCGAAUUUAGAGUCACUCGCUUUUGGUAAAUAGUUCUUUUACUUUGUUUCACUGCUUAACUCUCCCUCCUCUUUCUUCUUGCAGCGUCAAAACUUUGAAUAAUUUUUUAUUUUUUUUUUCUAAUUUUGUGAAUUUUAAACUGAAAGAUUGAUGAAUAAAUGAUGAAUUAAUUGACAAUUAAGGGUUUGGGUAUAUGAUUUAUGUAUUGCAUUUGGGCAUUUCUUACAAACCAAUAAUUUAUGAUCUUAUAUAGUGAUGGGAAUGAUUAAAUUUGAUUCAUUUGUAUUGGGUUGUCCAGCAGUCCAGGUAUAUUGAUUUCAAUUUUGUAUAUUUUAAUCACAAAUUGAAGUUUAAUGUCUGCAUUUUCAAUGUUAAUAUCUGGCUUUGUUUAACUGAGUAAACGUAUUUGAAUCGCUGUACGUUUCUGGCUGUGUAUUGAUUAAUAUAAACAUCUCUUUCAUUGAAGCCAAUUUCUUGAUAAGGGUUUAACAUCUAUUUUUUCCUUCCAUUUUAGAAAAACCUGUUGUAGAUUUGGUGGGUUAAGACUUGAUUGUUCGGCUGUUGGGGGGUUUGGUUUGCAAUCAGUCUAAUCACUGAUGAGUUUUAAGAUUAGUUUGCUUCUUUCAUGGCACAUCAUAUCCAGGAGGUGAGGCAGACGAUGAUAAGGGGGCGACAAAUAGCUUUCCUUCAGUUGUGUAUGGUGAUGGUGUAACUGUGGAAGAGUGCCAAAAGAUGUUUCAGAGAAGUUUCUGAUGCAACAUUUGGAAAAAUUCUGGGUGUAACAUUGGAGACAACUUUAUUAAAAGCUGUUGAUUGUAAGCAGAAAGUUAGUGGUGGUUAUAUACUUGGUGGAGGGGUAAUGGUAUUUAGCAAUAAUAUGAACAUGCAAGAUGAGGUCGAUCAAGUUCUGAUCUAUGAGCUCAUUCAUGCUUAUGAUGAUUGUAUUGCAAAAAAAUUGAAUUGGGCUAAUUGUGCUCAUCAUGCUUGUAGUGAAUCGUGCUGGCCAUUUGAGUGGUGAUUGUCACUUCAAAUGAGAGCUAAUUGCAUGGCUAUAUGAAGCUCUGGGGUCAUGAACAAUAUUGUGUGUAGAGGAGAGUGAUGAAAUCAGUGUCGGCCAAUCCUUUCUGCUCAGAAACAGCUGCCAAGGAUGCAAAGGAAGCUGAAUGGGAUACUUGUUACAAUGAUACAUGACCCUUUGAUAGAGCUCCUUGAGAUAUGCUAGCUUUUUCAGAAGUGGGUGAUGUUGUAACACUUACAGCGGGUUACAGAAAUUUGUUUACAUAACUUUAUCUAUAAUUAUUGAAAUACUAUCUGAUUGUUGCACUAUUUUUAACUUUUUAGUAGAUAGGCAGUUCAUUACGAAAAUGGUAGAUUGUAUUGGAAUUGCCCAGAUUGGUAUGGACAUGAAUCAAAGAAAUCUGAAUUGGCUAAGCAUGAUUCUAAUCUUUCAUCUCUCUUAAAAUCUGCUGCUGAUGCUUCUUGCAGUCUAACCUCUUUUCUGACCAAAAGAUUAUGGCAGAUGUGAAGGAUAACAAAAGGAACCUGGAGCCAGUCAUGAUUUGUCUUUCCCCAAUUCUCAAGUUGGAAAUCAGGUGAAUUGGGUGGUAAGCUAGCAACCAUGGAUAUGAUGCUUGCAACACUGGCAGUUGUCCUAUGGCUAUCAAGAGAUAUAGUAGCCGCAGCUCCACCAAUGGCAAAACCUGGUUGUCCAGAUAAGUGCGGAAAUGUUACUAUUCCGUAUCCAUUUGGUAUUGGUUCAAGGUGCUAUUACAAUGAAUGGUAUGAAAUUACAUGUAACACUUCAAAUCCAAUUCUUACCAAAAUCAAUUUUCAGGUGCUAAAAAUUUCCUUAACGUUGUCAGAAGUGACAAUUAAUUGGUUUAAGUUUUUGUUUUUUAAUAUUUUUUUAAAAACACUUAUUGGUCGUGAGAUGCAAACUUUCCCACUAUACCAAGCUUUGCAUAACUUUAGACCACCGGAAUAUGGUAGGAUCAAAAGCUUCUAUCCUACCACAAUUGAUCUUCUUUUCAGGACUUGAAUUUUCCAUUUUACAGUUAUACUCAUUCUAGUUUGAUCCGAUUUUAGACCGAUGAACGAUCCAGUAGUGAGACCACCAAAAAAAAAAAAAAAAAAACCUCUCUUCUUAAUUUCUUAUCACUCUACUAGGGUUUAAUAAGAACUAUGGAGUACAUAACUUCUUAAUUUCUUAAUUUUGAUAGAGCUUCUUGAGAUAUGCUAGCUUUUUCAUAAGUGGGUAGAGUUGUAACACUUGCAGCAGGUUACAUAAAUUUGUUUACAUAACUUUAUCUAUAACUUUUCUGCAAGAAUGUAUAUCAGUUUGGUUUGGAAGUACUUCAUGACUUAAUGUUUUCUGAUCAUUCAAUGGCAGUUUUAUUAACUAUUAAUAGGUGAUCCAGGUUGAUGAAUAUUCCAUCAGCAAGUGUAUAAACAGUUUGGUCUCCUAUAUCAAGUAUUCUAGCUAGUCAAUAAUCAAUACUAUUCAGCUAGCUUAUUACUUCCUAAUUGGUUUCUAAGUGUAUUUUGUCAGGAAGUGGGCCAGGGAAGCUGAAUUAUUAGCUUUAAUGAUUGACUAUUCACAUCUUGUAAAUUUUGUUGAUAUUUUGGUUCAAUGUCUUGCCUUGAGUCCUAAAGGCCUGCUGCAUUGCUAAUACAAAAAAUCACAAACAUAGAUCGAAUUUGCUAUAGGUGAAUUGGGUACGUAGUAAGGUGGCAACCAUGGAUAUGAUGCUUGCAACACUGGCACUUGUCCUAUGGCUAUCAAGAGAUAUAGUCGAUGCAGCUCCACCAAUGGCAAAACCUGGUUGUCCAGAUAAGUGCGGAAAUGUUACUAUUCCAUAUCCAUUUGGUAUUGGUUCAAGGUGCUAUUACAAUGAAUGGUAUGAAAUUACAUGUAACACUUCAAAUCCAAUGCUCACCAAAUUCAGUCUUCAGGUGCUUAAAAUUUCCUUAAGUUCAUCACAAGUGAUAAUCAAUGCUCCAACCGUUGCUAACUGUACUGCACGAGAUACAACAUGGACAAGUGCUAAUUUGGGUGGAAGCCCGUAUAGUUUCUCCUCCAUUUACAAUGAUUUUGCUCCUGUUAAUUGUGUAGGGACUUCUUAUAUCAAUGGUGGGGAAAAUGUAGCGGCUCAUUGUGGAUCAGUUUGUAAUAGUCAAAUUAGGGACAAUACAACAUCCCAGGAAUCGAUUUGCCUAUCUGGUCUCCCCUAUCCUCUAACUAUUUACAGUGUGAACAUCACCCGAACAAAUGGGACUUGCAGCUAUGUCUUAUUAGCAAACCGUGAUUUCUUGAAUAAUCUUGAAUCGUCUAACCCUCAGCAAUCACUUUUGUCCCUAGUCAGCAAUGGAAGUCAUGUACCGGUUAAUCUUGAUUGGAAAUAUUUUUAUUUACCUAAUCAAUUCUUAAAUGAGUCCAGUUCUGGCAAUUGUAACAUGCAUCAAGCUAAUGGUGUUUACACAUGUAAAUGCCCGCAAAGACAAGGUGGUAAUCCUUAUCUUCCUAAUGGAUGCCAAGAGUCGCCACGUUGUGCAAGCUGCAAAGGUGAUUGUUACGUCAUUUCUGAUGAUUAUAUGGAUGUUGGGUGUUAUAUUCCUAAAAAGAGCAGGGCGCACCUUCUGGGAGUUGUUCUAGGAUUGAGUAUUGGCAUAGGAUCAUUAUUGGCGUCUCUAGGUUGCUAUUGGUUGUGGCAGAUUUUGAAGAGAAGGAAGAAGAUAAAACUAAGAGCUAAGAACUUCAAACAAAAUGGUGGUUUGCUGUUACAAAGACAAAUGUGCUACAAUGAUUGUGUUGUGGAGAAAACAAAAGUUUUUACUGUCAGCGAAUUAAAGGUAGCCACAGAUAAUUUCAAUGAGAACAGAAUACUUGGGCAGGGUGGCCAAGGUACAGUUUACAAAGGUAUGCUGACGGAUGGAAGGGUUAUAGCAGUUAAGAAAUCCAAAAAAGUUGAUGAAAGCCAAUUAGAGCCUUUCAUAAACGAGGUAGUUAUCCUCUCUCAAAUUAACCACAGAAAUGUGGUUAAACUUCUAGGGUGCUGUUUGGAAACCGAAGUACCUCUUCUUGUUUACGAGUUCAUCCCAAAUGGAACACUCUCUCAGCAUAUCCAUAACCCAAGUGAAGAGUUUCAUGUUCCUUGGAAAAUGCGCUUGCAAAUUGCUGCAGAAUCAGCAGGUGCAAUCGCAUACCUUCAUUCAUCAUCGUCUACUCCUAUCUACCACAGAGAUAUCAAGUCUUCAAAUAUACUUUUGGAUGACAAAUACAGAGCAAAGGUUUCCGAUUUUGGCACUUCAAGGACUAUACUGAUCGAUCAGACUCACUUGACUACUCAAGUUCAAGGGACAUUUGGAUAUUUGGAUCCAGAGUACUUCCAAUCCAACCAAUUCACUGAAAAAAGUGAUGUUUAUAGUUUUGGAGUAGUCCUUGUUGAGCUAUUGACAAGCAAGAAGCCAAUCUCUCCUGAUAAGUCUAAAGAAUGGAGAAGUCUGGCCACGGAGUUUCUUCUUUUGGCGGGGAAUUCUCGUUUGUCUGAUAUCCUUGAUCCUCAGGUCUCAAAGGAGGCUAAGCAGGAGGAGCUAGAGGCUGUGGCUAACCUGGCUAAAGAAUGCUUGAACUUGAACGGAAAGCAAAGGCCUACUAUGAAAGAAGUUGCUAUAGUACUCGAGGGGCUGCAAUCGCGAAAUGAAACUUCUUCAAUACAGCAGACGUUCCCUGAAUGGAACCAAGCGGUUGCUGAUAUAAGUGUGAUGGACACAGCCCCCUUCACCUCAAGCACAUUUUCUUCACAGGAAGAAUAUGCAUUGAUUCUUCACAUAUGAGCAUUGUACCAUGUACGCCAAUCUUUUUGAAUCUUAUGGAAAUUCAGGUUGAAGUUAAUUAUAGGUUUAGUUAUGUUAAACUAAGUCGUUUCUAUGAGGCAAUGUAACUCUUAUAUAUUUAUUUAUAAUUUAACUACAUUGCAAUACUUGGUUUA